UACACUUCAUAAAGAUUUGAAGAGCGAAGGUUUACAAUUCAAACUUGAAAAGACCAAUAAGAAACGAAGCAGGCAUACAGUUGUAAAACAUUUAAAUGCGGAGACCCGUUCUAAAAGUGCGUCAUCUGGAAUAAAAAAAAUGCUUGACGUACAAAACAUUCAGCGACUUAAGUCUCGGAAGUUUAACGAAGCGUGUGGCCUAAUUUGAUUUCGUACAAUGAAUAAAGUGUGCCUGUUCUUUAUUUAGAUUUUCCUGCUGCUAAAACAGUAAUGAAUUGCUAUUACAUGUUCAGUUCAAGGCUGUUUUGGUCCACUAUAUAGCUUUGGAAAAUGUAAAACAGUCGUGUUAAGUGUUAGCAUUGUAAAAGCGAUAGCAGUAUUCUAAGAGCAAUUUCAAUGUAAAUUGUCUUGCACUGUGAAAAAUUCAAUAAAUGAUUUAUUUAAUAUACAGAAGCAGAAUAAUGCGAGACGUUUUAGCUCGUCGUGCUAAGUUUGCUGUUGCAGGUUGUAUUGUGUUCUUGUGGUUACUUACUGGUGGGAUACAGUUUACUACCAUUAAGCAGAACGUUGUAAAUACUCGGAAAGACCCACCGAUAGAAAAACAACGAACUUUUGGGACUUUAGAGAAAACUACAUUCAUAGCCAACAAAACGGUCCUAAAGGCAUACGAAGCAACAAGAACAAAUGUGUCAUCACAAGUCCCGUUUUCACCUUUACCAUUUGAAGAUAUGUACCCAGUAAUUGUGAAACCGGUCAAUUCCUCAUCUGCGGUAGUACUUUAUAACAGAGUGCCAAAGUGCGCAAGUACAACGAUGAUUAAUACUUUAAAUUAUUUGAAAACAAAAUUGAAGUUUCGCCUUGUGAAUGUCAAUGAACCACGAAUAAAAAUGUUUAUGGACGCCAAAGCACAGGCUCGAAUGGCAAACGGAAUCCUUGAAUUGAAAAGUGACGCGAUUUUCGUGCGACAUUUGCACUUCAUAAACUUUUCACGGUUUGGCUCGAAAUGGCCAGUGUACAUUAACGUGAUAAGGGACCCAGUUGAAAGGUUUAUAUCUUACUACUAUUACGUACGCUAUGGGUUUCAGAGCAACAAAGGAGAAGUAGCUAAAAAAUGGAAGCUUGACAUUUCACCCGAACGCCAAAAUAUGCCACUAGAAGAAUGUGUUAUGAAAGAUCCAGAUAAAUGUGUGCGUACAAACUCCGUGACCAUGCUCGCUUUCUUUUGCGGACAGGAAAACAUGUGCAGAGAAUACUCUGACUAUGCUUUGGAAAAAGCGAAAAUCAAUGCAGCUCGAUAUUUCACAGCGAUAGGAUUGGUCGAAGAUUUACCAAACUCGUUCAAAAUUUUCCACGCUUUACUUCCAAGAUACUUUACGACGACCGCUCUGAUCGAUACACCAGCCAAAGAUACCCGAACAUUUAUGAAAGAAGAACCGAGUCUUUUGGUAAAAUCCUUGCUUCGAAAGGCACUCAGAGUCGACGUUGAGUUUUAUAACUUUAUUAAGCGAAGAUUCUACAAGCAACUGGACGCACUGGUCAAAAACAACCUCGUGUAGUUGUGAACUGUUGUUGGGCUAUUAUACUCACCUCUUAAUUAUGCUGCUCGUUGUUUUUAACGAUCAUAUUACCCAAAAUAUUGACUUUAAUCUGUUUUCCUGUUCAAGAACUAGCUCUGACCAACCACUUUGCCUAUAAACUGUGUUAAUAUGGGCGUCAUCACACAAACAAUUUUCUUUCUUUUUCAAUCGCCAAAAGGCGAAAGAUAUUUUUGUAAAAGCAGUUUGCAAAUUGUUUGCAGAAUCUUUGUAAGGUUCUAAAAUGAAGAACAUCAGUUAGUAUUCAGCAAAAAACAGUUGUUUAUCUCCUUAUCCUUUUAAGGCUUAAACCUGCGUCAUGUAAUUUCCAACACUCCCCGAUUCUCGGAAUUAUAUAGUGCAUGAAUGCGCAAGCGGUAGUAAACCAAUGCACGUAAGUAAACAGGGCGAACGAAACUAUAGUUUGGACGUUUGUACUUAUAAUAUUUGCGUUACUGUCGCAUUCUACACUGAUGGGUUGCUGUCCAAAAGUUGACCUUAUUCUUGGGCCUGCAAUAAUUAUAUAUUUGGCUACUGCAAUAACCGAGAUUGUAUCUUCUGUUCCAGUUGGACUUGUGCAGGACGAUUUUAAGGGAAGCUGCAUAUUUUCAGCCUCUGUUCAAUAUGUUCCAGCUCCAAACAACUCCUUUGUGGUUCUGCAUUUUGGAGCAAAAAGUACAUGCCAAUUCUGCACUUAUUUAACAAUAUUUACAGUAUUGUUUCCAUUGCUGUAUGGUGGCUACACGCUCUAUGCUUUGUGCAAAAACAUUGAGAAUGCAUCACAGAUGUGGGUUCUUCCUGCAAUGAUGGUAAAUGUUCUUCUCUUCGUGCUUAAGUUUAUCAGCUCAUGCAUACUCAGUGUCGGAUUCUCCCAGCUUUGUGGUUCAGUUACAAAGAGCAAAGAUAUUAAAAGCUGUAGUGUUGGUCAAAGCAAAACCUGGUUACAUGGUGGUCUUGGGAAGCUGACAGGAUCUCACUACGAUACUUACUUAAAAACUGCCCAGUCUGCUUCCUGGUUCUGCGUUUUUGAGUGGGUUCUCCUUUCCGUUCUUGCCUUUCUGCAUUACCGACGUAACAUGAAGCUAAGAUCAUCAGGAACUGCCAUGAGUGAUCCUGCUGCUGGUGUAAACACCUCCGAAAAAGCUGGUGUCAUUGCCAAUGAGUUGCCUACAGGAACAUCUGUCAUCAACCCUAAUUAUACAGGCAGUUAAAGCAAUAUUUUGAUGUUACUGACGCUUAUUUGAGAAGUAAUUAAUGGGAAUUAUGGUUAAGUUUUUGAAACAGAUUUAUAAGCAGUAAUUUUAUAGUAAUGAUGCAAUAUUGUAAUGUUACCACAUUAUUAAUUUUUUUUAAACACAUAUUUUUAUGGGAAUUUUUUUAACCACUGCUUAAAAUCAACGACUUACCAAUAUCCAGAUUUUAUGAUUUCCUUGUUUAUACCAUGUUGCUUUUUCUGAAUAAUAUCCGAAGUGAAUCCUUAAGAUGUAAUAUUUGUAGAAGAUUUUACCAGUAUGAUCCCAAAAGUGCAAUUCUUGUUGUGUUGAUUAUAUAUCCAUGAUUAAAUGUACCUUUAUCUCAAUGUAUAUGUUUCACCUUUCAUGUCGAGAUUAUUAUUGUAUUAGGUGUUGAACACAAAGUAGCAAUUUAACUUUUCAAAUUUGCAAUAACAGAUAUAUUCGCAUACAUGUACAGUGUUGUAUCUUCAAUGUAAUCUUGGCCUCAUGUUAAUAAUCAUUAAAUGCAUGCCUGCAGGAAUUUUGAUCAAAACUUUAAUAAAUUAUGAUCC